CAAAGAGCUCCGGGGAAAGUUCUGCAUGAUGCUGUUUGCAACCACUUGAACCUUGUUGAAGGCGACUAUUUUGGCCUUGAGUUUCCAGAUCAUAAAAAGAUGAUGGUGUGGCUUGAUCUUUUGAAGCCUGUUAUGAAACAGAUUAGAAGACCGAAGCACGUUGUUGUAAAAUUUGUGGUAAAAUUCUUCCCACCUGACCAUGCUCAGCUGCAGGAGGAACUGACAAGGUACCUAUUUGCAUUGCAAGUGAAGCAGGACCUGGCACAGGGAAGGCUAACCUGUAAUGAUACCAGCACUGCCCUCUUAAUCUCGCACAUAGUACAGUCUGAGAUUGGAGAUUUUGAUGAAACCAUAGAUCGUGAACACUUAGCGAAGAACAAGUAUAUACCUCAGCAAGAAGCACUAGAAGACAAAAUCAUGGAAUUUCACCGUAGCCACAUGGGACAGACACCAGCAGAGUCUGACUUCCAGCUUUUGGAGAUUGCCCGUCGGCUGGAGAUGUAUGGAAUACGCUUGCAUCCAGCCAAGGACAGGGAAGGGACAAAAAUCAACCUGGCUGUUGCCAACACAGGCAUUCUAGUGUUUCAG